CCCCAGGCAGUCGACCGUUCGGCCGCGGUGCGGUAGGAAGUCUUUUCGGGGGUUGCAGAGCAACGAGGUCGGAGGGACCGCGCGCGCGGAAGAAAAGUCUCUUGGCGUGGCAUCACCCCGUGUCAGUUCCGAACUGUACCGUCAGGCUCCGCUGUUGUACGCACGCCCGCGUGGCAUGACGUCCUCUUGCGUCGAAACUCGGGACUUUCCCGACAUGGAGUCGAAGCUGCUACGUGGCUGGUCAUUCGGUUUCGCAAAGGUGGCGUAAAUAAGUUGGGACACACCAGCCGUCGGCCGCUGAAGGCGUGGUCGCCACUGAAGAAGACUGUUUUCUUGUGUUUUUUUUUUGUUUGUUUUUGUUUUGCGAGUGUUUGCUCCUCGAUCGUGGUUGCGUAAACGUGCCGAAAGGACCUGAAGAUUCGCAAGGAACUCCCUAAGACGACGGAGAAAGAGAGAAAAAAAAAUGGCUUUUAGAGACCUUCUUCUUCUGGCGUUGUUCGUUUCAACCCAUUCCUCUAGUCGACUAGACACGCAAGAUGGCAGCCAGCUGGGACAGCAGCGCCUCAGGCGGACGCACCGCAGCAACAGCCCCGCCUACGAGCCCAAGCUGCGACACACGCACCACCUGGCGGAUGUGCGCGCGCCGGUCGCAGAGGCGCUGCGAAUGGCAGACCAGCCGGCCACGUUGACGAAGGUGUCCGUCGCGGGCGGCGAGAUAGGCACUCGGCUGGUCAUCCAGGACAACCACAAGCCCGUGUUCUCCAACUGCUCCAGCUACGAGCCGUACGUCAAAGAAGAGCAAGAUGUGGGCACCUUUGUCUUCCAGGUGAAAGCAAUAGACAAAGACCCUCCAGAGUCCGGGGGCACCGUGACGUACACGUUCGUGGAGAAAAGCGACGAGAAGACUCCCAAGUUCAAAAUUGAUCCCAACACUGGCGUCAUAACCACUCAGACGGUGUUUGACAGAGACGAGCCCUACAGGGACAAGGCAGAGUACCUGGUUAUCCGCGCCACCGACAACGGCCGGCCUCAGCUGGACGAUGUGUGCAACAUGAAGGUUGUGAUAGAGGAUAUAAACGACAACUUCCCGGUUUUCGACAAAGUGAGUUACUUGGAGUCCAUGCCACAAGAUACGCCAACCAAUCGAGAGGUGAUGAGGAUAUCUGCCACGGACAUUGACGAUGGGGAGAACAGCCGUGUGACCUAUAGUUUGGAAGAUAACCCUGGCUAUUUCAGAAUUGACAGCAGUACAGGUGUCAUUUUUCUGGACAAACCAAUUGAUAAAGAUCCGGGGUACAUGUUCCGGAUGACGGGCCGGGCAGAGGACCACGGCGAGCCGAAGCGCACCUCGGUUAUUGGGUUGGAAAUCCUCGUGGUGGAGUCUCACAAGAAAGCGCCAGCUUUCAUCGAUGUCGACAGCAACUGGCAGAUAACGCUACCUGAAAACUACAGCAACUACACCGCGCCUUUGCCCAACGGCAGUUUCAAGGCUGUUUCGAACAUCGAUAACGGGGAGCUGACGUUCGAGCUGGUCACCGGCAGGACGGAGCAGACGAACAGCAAGACGACGUUCAUCCUGGAGUCGAAGGACGACACGGCGUUCCUGAAGCUGGGCAAGCCGCUCGACUACGAGACGAUAAACGAGUACGUGCUGACGCUGCGGGUGCAGAACAAGCAAGGGCUGGCCGCCGAGACCACCAUCAACGUGUUCGUGACGGACGUCAACGACAACAUCCCGUCCUUCAACUUCAAGGAGGUCCCCGAAGGCAUCGUGCUGGAGAACGAGCCGCCGGGCACGCCCGUCAUGCAGAUCCGGGCUGUCGACAUGGACGGGACAUCUGCCAAUAACCAGGUUCGCUACAAGCUGGAUGAGACCAGCAAGAAUCGAGACCUCUUCCACAUCGACCUGGACACCGGCAACAUCACCACGCUGCAGACGUUCGACAGGGAGCUCAUCAACCGCUAUGUCAUUAAGGUCAUUGCCUACGACAACUCACCCUCUGCUCUGAAAAACAACGGGGAACCAAACAAAGCUGAAAUCAACUUUUGGAUCAACAUUGGUGAUAAGAAUGACAACCCUCCCAAGUUCACAAUGCCGGUGUACGUGGCCAAUCAGAUCAACGAGGAUGCCAAUGUGAACCAGCUAGUGAUCCAAGUGGUUGCAGAGGAUAAUGACACUGCAUCCCCAGUUACGUACGACAUUUUGGAAGGCAACGUGGGAGAUGCAUUCUUCAUCGAAAACAACACCGGUAAAAUUAGAGUGAAGAACCCGCUUGACUACGAGACAAUCACAAGUUACACGUUGUUGGUUCGAGCAUUUGAUGGCAAGUACAACGACACUGCGAAGGUGGAGAUCAAAAUCACCAACGUGAACGACAACCCGCCGGUGUUCUACAAAUUCAACAGCAACAUCACAAUACCAGAGGAGAAACUAGUCGAAGGAUGCAUUGCCAAUAUAUCGGCUUACGACCCGGACAUCCCGGACCGGAAUGCUCCGCAGAACAUCCAGUUCUACGUGGUGAAGAAGGAGCAGAGGGAACUCCUGACCAUUGACGAGUCGGGCUGCCUGAAGCUCAUCAAGCCGCUGGACCGCGACCCCCCGCACGGAUCGCCAGUCUGGCAGGUGCUGAUCGCCGCCAACGACGAGAACGGCGGCCGCUCGUCGCUGCAGUCCACCACGGAGGUGAUCAUCAUCCUGGAGGACAUCAACGACAACGCGCCGACGCUGGACAUGGUGCAGCCGGUGGUGUGGUACGAGCGGCAGCCCCCGGGCAAGAUCGCGACGCUGCAGGCCAAGGACAACGACAGCGAGAGGAACGGGGCCCCUUUCUACUUCAAGCUGGACUCCAGCGCGGGUCCCGACAUCACGAGCAACUUCGCUAUUACCAACAGUAAAGACCUGCAGGCUCUGGUGACCUUCGACAGAGAGGAGCGGAAAGAAUACAUACUGCCCAUUGCGAUCACCGACAGUGGUUCACCCCCCUUAACUGGCACCAGCACCCUUAAGAUAGUCAUUGGCGACGUCAAUGACAAUCCUAUGGGUCCAGGCGAGAGCAACAUUUUUGUGUACAACUACAAGGGAGAGUCCCCGGACACGGAGAUAGGGAGGGUGUACGUGGUCGAUCCCGACGACUGGGAUCUCCCAGACAAGGAAUUCACCUGGCGCAGCGGGAACCACCCCAACUUUGACCUCAACUCCAGCACGGGGAUGAUCACCAUGCUCCGUGGAACGCAGGAUGGCUCCUACCUGCUGGAGUUCACUGUUACCGAGAGUGCACAACUCGUUCCACAUCACAGUGUGGAUGCCAUUGUGAAUGUGACGGUCAAAGUGAUCCCGGAGGAGGCAGUAGACAAAUCUGGCUCUAUAAGAUUUGCUGGCAUUACUGCUGAGGAGUUCAUUGCACCAGGCCCGAAUGGGGGUCCCAGCAAGCAGAGCAUAUUGCGUCAACGCCUGGCUUCCUUUCUAAACGUGAGCCAAGAAAACGUGGAUGUUUUCACGGUCCUUCACUCGCCACACAACUCCAAUGCCACGAUCCUGGAUGUGCGGUACUCCGCCCACGCCUCUCCGUAUCGCAUGCCGGAGAAGCUGAACACACUCGCUGCCUCCCACCAGGAAGAGCUGGAGCAGGAGCUGGGGGUGAAGAUCCUCAUGUUCAGCAUCGACGAGUGCCUGCUGGAGAAGGUGUCGUGCGAGACCUCGUGCACCAACUUCCUCAACAAGAGCAACGUGCCGUACGCCGUCUACACCAACACCACCUCGUUCGUCGGCGUGCGCGCCGUCGUCGACCCGCUGUGCACCUGCGUCGUCCAGGAGAAGUCGUUCUGCUUGAACGGGGGGACGCCUGUCGGACCCACUCAGUGCGAGUGCAUCGAGGGCUUCGAGGGCCCGCGCUGCGAGAUGAUCAGCAUCGGUUUCCGCGGCAACGGCUGGGCGCUGUACCCGCCGGUGGCUGCCUGCGAGGAGGCCCGCCUCACCGUCGAGGUCACCCCAUACAAGGACGACGGCCUGAUCCUGUACAUGGGUCCGGUCCGGCACAACCCCGCGCUGCCCGUUCAAGAUUUCAUGUCUUUGGAGCUGAAAAGUGGCUAUGCCCGUCUGCUCAUGGACUACGGCUCGGGAACUACUUUCGUGGAGCAUACCGACAGCAAACUGUCGGAUGGAAAAUUGCAUCUCAUUGAAGUAAUCUGGAGCAAGACGAGCAUAGAACUGAAGGUGGACAACUGCCAGAAGAGCUCUUGCCUCGCGCUGACCACUCCCGAGGGGCCCAACGAGUACCUGAACGUGAACGGCCCUCUGCAAGUGGGGGGAGCCACGGUCGACCUGCCCUCGCUCGCGUCCGUCUUCCGCUGGAAGCACGUCCCGGUCAGUGACGGCUUCUCCGGUUGCGUGCGCAACCUCACCUUCAACGACAAGACAUACAAUCUGGGCUUCCCGAGUGAUUCUUUGAACGUUGAUCCUGGUUGCACGAGAGAAAUGGCAAAGGCAGUUUCCUUUGGCAUCGACACAAACUUCUUGGUGGCAAUACUUGUUUGCAUCGCCAUCCUGCUCAUCCUGCUGUUGGCCGUGGUCGUCCAUCGCCGCAAGACCGACGACCUGUACAAGGACACGGACGACAUCCGCGAGAACAUCAUCAACUACGAGGACGAGGGGGGCGGCGAGGGGGACAUGACGGGGUACGACCUGAACGUGCUGCGGCUGAUGUACGACUCGGACGGCCGGCCAAUCGACAAGCAGCCCCUGAAGGAGAACUACCAGCAGCGCAGCGGUCCCGAAGAAGUGCCAGAUAUCUGUGGGUUCCUCGACAACAAGAAGAAAGUUUGCGACAACGAUCCAGAAACAAAUCCUUUCGAUGACGUUCGCCAUUACGCGUACGAAGGUGACGGAAACACCACUGGCUCCCUCUCGUCUCUUGCCUCGGGGACCGAAGAAGGAGACUUGAAUUUCGACUACGUUUCAAACUUCGGGCCGCGCUUCCACAAGUUGGCGGACAUGUACGGGGAGGACCCGAGCGACGAGGAGGACGAGAACUACAACAACAACGCGGCGUCGGAGUCGUGGUGUUGAGAGUGGACUGCCUGACGGCCAGCCGGGCAGCCCCCGCCAGGCGUGUCCCAAGCCGAACUACUGUACCGCGUCCUCAAGUCCGCCCGCUCGGAGGACUGUCGCAGCGGCGUGCGUUCGCUCGUUCUGAAGCACGACGCACGGCGCUCUUUUCCCGACCUGCGGGACGGCGGUCAAGACUUUCUGUACGGCUGGUCGUUCUCGCAAAUUUGCAUGAACAAGUGGGCUGCUCUACAGAAGCUUAGGUCUCUGAACCAUUUGUGAGGAAUUUUUUUUUUUACCCUACCACGUUAAUUUUUGAAUGUGUGCGUGCGGAGUACCAACGUCUGUUGUGAUCAUUCAACGAAAAUUAAUCGGUGCUUCAACUGUGUCAUGUGUGGAUGGUAAAUGGCAUUUCAUGUGUUAGAUAAACUUCUGUUUGGCGGGAAGCACAAGUAAUGUCGGUGCACACAUUUGCACAUGCGCCCCAAACGAGAGAGACUGUAUUGAUGACAUUCCACGAGUCCCUCCUCUGUAACUAAACGUGUCUUGACGAUUUGAGAAAAAGACUGCGCAACGCACAUGUUUUGGCACAUUCCACGUAAUGGCGAAUAAUAUUGAUCGAUGAAAAGAUUGUACUUAAAUAAUGUUGUAGUCUUAAUUUAUGUUAACUGGAUAAAAAAAAAAUGUUUUUACACCACAAUAGUUUGAAUGUUGGAGCGCAAAUUAUGUUGUCACAUACCAAAGACUCUGAAGAAAGCAAAAUUACAUGAGGUAUCUAGGCUAUUUAAGCCUGGGGGUCCAUGGAUACAAGAAGUGUUUGAAUGUGUGUGUGUUUGUUUUGUAAUAUUUGUGAGUGAUGAAGAAUGUUAUAUUGGUGUAGUGGCAAUAACAUUAUUGGCUAAACUUGUUUGGCUGGACGGUGCAAACGAGAGGCAGUUAACACGUAGGUGCUGUGCAAAAUUUUGGGGGGGUUUUCUUGUGUAUAAUAUUACUUAAUGUUAGCCGGGCAUUUCUCCUCAUUUUUAUCGUGUUUUCUAAGAUUUUUACAUUAUAUUCCCCUUGUUGUAGUUUGCUAUGUAUUUGUCAAAGUAGUAAGUUUGAAGAAAGUUGUCUGUACUUUUAUUAAAAGAAUGCUUGUAUGGCAACUAUAUAUCUAUAGAGGUAGAUUUUUUUCUUUCUGUAAGCACUUGAACAUUUUUGUUCCUAGCAGAAUUGAUUUAAAGAGUUAAAUUUAAAGAAAAAUUAGAAGCUCAUUCUUUAUAGAACAGCCAUUUUUAAUCAGCAAAACUGUCCAGUUUGAUUUUUGUGUGCCUUUGCAAAGAAUUUUAAAAAAAAAGCUAUCAAAGGUUUUUGAAGGAUAACAUGUUGGAAUUUUUCAAAAUUAAAAAAAUAUAUAUAAAACAUUGUGUGUGCAUUGUGAUGUAGUGAUUACCUAAAUGUAUUUUGUGUAAGACUAAAGUUUUGUUACAAAAAAAAAAAAACAAGUUUGAGUGAUUUUUGAGAAAAAAUGGUGCUGUGACUUUAAUUUUAUAGUGUUUAACCUGUUAAUCUGUCAAUUGUUUGGACAAAUUUAGAUUGCAGUUUCCUUUUUGAAGGUUCUGCAACCAUUUUUGCAAAUAAUAUACUAUUUCAUGUGUAGGGAACAAGAUUAAAAGUACAGUGAACUCUCAAUAUCUCCAGACUUUGAAUAACGAGAAUAAAAUCUGUAAAAUAAAGAAUACAUAAUCUCCAUGUAUUGCAAAUGACACAUGCAAUUCUACCCAUAGAGCUUAAGAAAACUGUGAUUACCUUACGGUGAAACCUUUAUCGCUACCUCAGGGAUUGUUUGUGAAUGUAGAAGUGUAUAAACACUGAUCAGCAUGGGUGAAGGUGGUGUCAGAAUGCACAGUAAAUUAGUGACUUACCUGUGACUACUUAGGUUGAUUUGUGUAGCUUUGGAGGAAGGCAAUUAGUUUUAUCGGAGUGAUAGGACCAGUCACUUAGAGAUAAGAAUAGAGCCUUGAAAGGGUUUAAGGAGGGAUAAUGUUUCAAAUGUUUCUUGGUGUCAUUUGGAGACAGAGUUAAGGGCUUGAAGAAUGGUAUAUUUGUAGACAUUGUCGUGGGUAAUGAUGUUGUAAGUAAAUAUUUAAAGUCUUUACAGUUAUGAAACUUAAUUUUCUUCGGUCCAAUUUAUUUUUAAUCAUAACUUUUAAGUUUUUUAAUACAUGAAGGUUUAACAUAAAAGUUUGUGUUUUAUCAUCCUGUGAUUACGUGAAUGUGAAAUAAUUGUCAUGCCAUAUGCUGUUGGAUUUUGGAGGUGCAAAUUGAGGUUGAAAACAAAGUAAAACAGCCUCCAACUUUAAUUUCUGCAUCAUAAUAAUGUAGUCUUUUGCGAACUCCUUUAGUUUUACCUGCAUUCCAUUGUAUCGCGUGUGUGUAUGGACAGUAAAAGUAGAAUUUUUUUUUGUCUAUUGCCUUACGGCUAAUUAUCCCUCCCUUCCUACAGCUUCCCCUAUUUUUUAUGGACUAAUAACUCUUGAGAACCUUUUUUUGCCCUUCUAGUCCACGAUGUUGGGAAUUCACUGUAAGUAAACAUAGUUCAGAUGUGGGGAAAAUAUUCUCCCUUGUUUGAAAAAAAAAACAUGUAAAUGACUAAGUUUCAAUGCUUUUUCAGCUAGUUCAUGAGAGGCAGAAGUUGGUAAAUGUCUAUUGCGACACUGGAUACAGCAGUUUCUUACUUUAUUUCUAUUGUACAAGCUAUGCAAAUGCCCUAAACUUUAUUAUACAGAAAGGGGCAUAAGGUGUGUAUAGGUUUUGAAAUGCAAUAAAAAAGGGAGCUACUUACAGAAAUAAGGUUCAUUUUAUUGGAAUCAGUAUACAUCCCCCCCCCUUUUUUUUUUUAUCAAGUUCGGAAGAUGGUGGCCAUCAGCAGUGAUACUUUGAUGAAGGUGAUUUCGGAACUCUUAGACUGCUUUGCGGCACAUUUCGAAGAGUGUAGCUGCGAUUUCCUCCCAAAUUUGCAUCCUCGGUUCUUCGAAGGUGUGAAGAAAGAUGUUUGAAAAUCUUUUCUUUCAGGUUACCCCACAGGAAGAAGUCAGAAAUGCUUUAAUCCAGUCAGGGCAGGCCACGGAUUUAAAAGUUUUUGACUUAUACCUGUUGUUACCUUACGGAAAAGGUUUUUAAACUUGUCCUCACCCCUUGAAAGAACUGAAGUGGCAAAUUCGGGAGGAUAUAUAUAUAUAUUUUUUUAUAUAGCCUUUCAAAACCGGUACACACCUUUUGCCUCACCUUGUACUUGUACCUUGACUGAACAUCAAAGUAAUCAGUACGUCAAGUAAAAUGUAAACAGGUGUAUUUUAAACAAUUAAGACACAUAUGUCAAGUGUGAAGUGCCAUUUUAAAACAAUUGACAUGUUGACAGUUCAGGCAACUUUUUUUUUUUUUUUUUAGAAUGUUAUGAGUGGAUAUAUUUUAAACUGUAGCUUGCGUUUCAUAUCAUAACACUGCCAUGUGUCCGAACAAAUGACUGUUGGAUAAAAGAGAAUUAUUCUAAUUUCCUAGUAUAUAGUUUGCUUAGAAGAAUAGUAAUUUAAUUUGUGGCAAUUUUUUUUUAUGUAAGCUGUGUGUCCAUUUAUGCUUUCUUAAAAUAGUAGUUGCUGUAUAACUGUCAAGAACGUGAAAGAUUUUUCAUUUUCAAACAUGGGGCCAAAUGAUAAGUGGACACGAGAUCUCAAGUUGGUAUAACAAACGAGGUUGAGUGUGUGCGCAACCUGCACAAUUACAGUGGCUCUUGUCUAGCAUAUUUAUUUGUUUUAUUAGCAACAAUUUUUUUUUCUUUUUCAUUUCUCAACCUCUUGACGUGAAUGUUACCAAAGUGUUGAUUGCAUUCAUGUGAAAUGUACAUGUAAAGAAGAAAUGUUAUUCAAGAAAAAAUUUUAGUACAUAAAUAAAAGAAAACUAAAUUGUUUGUUCUUUUUUUAUUAUUAUUAUCCUCUCGUUCCAGGCAUUUCAAACUGAAUUUGUUGUAGUUAAAUAACUAUAGUUUUCAAAUAGGUUUUCGACAGCUUUUUUUGCACCACACAUACCAGUGUUAUUAACAUAAAAUAUAGUUAAAUAUCUUUACUUAAAAAGGUUUUUUUUUUACUAUAUUGUAAGCUUUAAAUACAAUGAAGCCUCUGAGGUUAUGUCAAGUUUGCUGGAAUAUAGCAUUUUUUAAACUUGAUCACAUAAGUUGACUUGUAUUUUUCAAAAAGCAGUGAGACAUCUACUCUCGUGAUAAGGCUUUUACCUGACUCACGGGUGAGAAACCACAAUCUUGGCACACUACUGGGAGUCUAAACACAAAAAAUUUAUUUGUGUGAAAUUAUUUAUAAAUGACAACAAAUAUUUUGCGC